UUUUAUCUCUGAUAAUGGGUAAGUAUGGACCCAGCAUGCUAUGGUUUGAACGUCUGUUUGGAGUUGAAGAGAGGUUUGAUAACGUUAAAGACGACCUGCAAUGUGAGAAGGAUGGUAGUGAUAACCUUUACUACAUUACAGGACCUAAUAAGAAAAGAUACUGCGCGGGGAGGUUUGAGCAUGUGUCAGUUGAGGAACUCAGCAAGAGAAGCCAAGUUUCAGCAAUAGAGAGGUCGGCUGGUGGGGAACCAAGCGGAUUUCUUACUAAACUACAAAUACUGAAAGGAGAUGUGGUGUCUUUCAUCAAUAAGCCUGAAAACAACGGUGCUGUAUUCCAGGUAGCAUCGCAAUUCAACUGCCUGGAGUUCAUAAACCCCGCCAUAACACCUGAAGCGGGAGUCGACAGAUACGAGUAUGAUCACACCCAGGGACCAGCUUGUAGCAUUGCAUGUGGGCCUGGCACUGUUUACAGGAACUAUUUUGUAGACAUGCCAGUAACAGAGAGAGCUGGUGAGACAGAACCUCAGCAAGGUCAAACAGCUGGCAGACAGCUGGACGGAUUCGAGGACGUGGCUGAGAUCUUGGAGAACAAGGAUAACCAGCUGUUCCAAGAGAAGAACGGAUAUUUAACGGCUGACGAGAAACAAUUGGAUAGAUUUUUAAAACGACUUGGUGAGUUAAAAGAGGAGAAAGGCUGGGACUCAGAAGAGAUGGUAUAUCAGAAUCUGUGGAGCAAGCUGAAGUUAGGAGUUCACUACGACGUUGAGGUAACAGCUGAAGACUGGGGCCAAGUGCUGUCCAGCUCACCUCAACUGCGCUUGACUCAGGUGUUCGCAAGUGCUGCUGCCGUGGGAUACAGCCGCAACAUCAAUAGACACAAAUGGGAGCGCCUGGCUAAGGGAAUACUGGACGCCUCAUAUGACGGCCUCUUCGCAGUAGCUGCUCUAAAUCCCACCAAAAAAGUUUUUCUCACGUUCAUCGGGGGUGGGGUAUUCCAGAACUCCAUGCACUGGAUAGCUGAUGCUAUUUACAGGGCGGCUGUAAAAUACAGGAAUGCUGGGAUAACCGCUUAUUUGGUGUGCUUUGGUAGUGUACCUCAGGGGAUUGGGCCCAUGGUUGAAAAGUUUAACAAAUUGAAGAACUAAAGCGUGGAGAGCAUUUCAUGAAUCCAUUUCAGAAACUUUUUAGGACGGUAAAUUUAGUGAUGUCAUUAUCAGAUUAUGAUAUUAUCAAGUAAGCAUAUAAAAACUUCAAUUAUUUUUAAGUUUAUCAGUUUUAGUGAUUUGUACUCUUUGUUUUUCGGAUUAUUUUGUAAAAAUUUGUAAGUUUAUUGUACGAUAGCAGUAAAAUUUUAAUAUUGACGAAAUUUCAUUUACAACUGAAUAUCAUUACAGUUCAUCAAGGACGUAUUUUCAAUAUAUUUG